GCUGUGAUUUAGGUAUUACCAACACAAUCGUACGUGUCGCAUUUCCGAGAUCCUCAAAGUAUGGACACCACACUCUCUUAGAAGUAUCGGGGAGGAAUCUUUUAGGAAUGACUUUCGCACAGGAUUACUGGCUUGUGUUGGUCGCAGUAUUUGUCUUUUAUCAGGGAAUAAUUACUCCGUGUUUAGCAAGGCCUGAUGGGGCGCCAUCGGAAGCAUGCAGUACGUUGCUCCCUCGACACGGCUCAGCAACGCCACGGCAGCCUCCCAACCCAUACCGGAUCCAACUAGGAGCAAUUAGGUAUGUGGCGGGUGGAACCGUAAGAGUUACUCUCACGGGACCCAAUGACGGAAUGAAGGGAUUCAUUCUCCAAGCCCGUCGAGUCGGCCAGUCAACACCGGUAGGCACAUGGGAAAAUCUCCCACCAAACACACGUACCAUGGCUUGCCUGAGGUCGGGGGACACGGUCACUCAUUCCACCAAUCAGCCCGACACGGCUGCGUCCUUUACAUGGAGGGCCCCAACAACCAACGUCGGGACACUGGAAUUUGUAGCAACUGUUGUGCAGUCCUUUUCAACAUUUUGGGGACCGUUCCGAUCAUCAGAAGUUACAGCCACUGGUGGUUGUUCACCCAACCCUUGCCUCAAUGGACAGUGUGUUACAGUUGGAUCCUCCUUCCAGUGCAACUGUCAAGCAGGGUUUACGGGCACAACUUGCCAAGUGAGGUCACCUUGCCUGUCCAACCCUUGCUUUAACGGCGGUGCAUGCUCAUCAUUGGGAUCGGGCUACCAAUGUAACUGCCUGACAGGCUUUACAGGCACACAGUGUGAAAUACAAGUUGGAAACGCAUGUUCCUCCAGUCCUUGUUUGAAUGGUGGUGUCUGCACAUCCUUCGGAUCUGCAUUCCAGUGCAGCUGUCAGCCAGGAUUCACCGGUGCACAGUGCCAAACUACCACCACCACUGGCAACAGUUGUUCUCCAAACCCAUGCCGCAAUAGUGCCACAUGCACAGUGACCGGUUCCAAUACCUUCACAUGUACUUGUAGGACGGGUACCAGUGGGCCUCUGUGUGCAACCAUCAACGAUGCCUGUUUUUCCAGUCCUUGUCAGAACGGGGGACAGUGCACAACAACCGGGUCCUCCUACCUGUGCAAUUGCCCGUCAGGGUACACUGGUCCCCGCUGCUCAACACAAAUUACUGCUUGUUCUUCAAACCCGUGUCUGAAUGAUGGCCAGUGUUCGCUGGUUGCUGGAACUUCAAACUUCCAGUGUAGCUGCACGAUAGGCUAUUUUGGCUCCAGAUGUCAAAGUAAGUUUGUUCAGUCAUGUCUGCUCGUCCAGUCCAUGUCGAACGGUGGACAGUGCUCAAUGAUUACUGGAACCUCAAAUUACCAAUGUAACUGUUUGACAGGCUACUCGGGCGCGAGAUGUCAAACCUCUGCAUGUACAUCUAACCCCUGUCUUAAUGAAGGUCAGUGCUCAUUAAUUGGAACAUCAGGUUAUCAGUGUGCUUGUCAAAGCGGCUUCUCAGGAACAACUUGUCAGAUUCAUGCCUGCUCCUCUAACCCAUGCCUUAAUGAUGGCCAGUGCUCAUUGGUCACUGGAACAACCAAUUAUCAGUGCAGCUGUCUGAUUGGCUACUCCGGGGCAAGGUGCCAAACUACUGCAUGCUCAUCCAGCCCCUGUUUAAACAAUGGCCAGUGCUCAGUGAUAACCGGAACUGCAAACUACCAAUGCAGCUGCUCAGUUGAAUACUCCGGCUUGAGGUGCCAAAUCACUGCUUGUUCAUCCAACCCCUGUCUGAAUGGCGGCCAGUGCUCUUUGGUGAUGGGAACAUCCAAUUUCCGAUGUAGUUGCUCAAGUGGCUACUCAGGCACGAGAUGUGAAAUUGAUUCCACUAGUUGCUUUCCUAAUCCAUGUUUCAAUGGCGGUCAGUGUAUGCCCAUUACUGGUGGGGCUGGCUACCGAUGCAUUUGCCCAAGUGAUUUUACCGGACUCAAUUGCUUACAAUCUCUGGAUCCUUGUGUACCUAAUCCUUGUCUGAAUGGCGGCACGUGUAGCAGUCUUACCUCCUCCUCAUUCCAAUGUCGAUGUGCAGACGGCUGGUCGGGCGUAGUUUGUGCAACCAGAUCAGCAGAUGUGUGUGCAGAAGUCAAUAUUUGUCAGAAUGGAGGCACGUGUGAACCCAAUACAGGGGGAAGCUUUUCCUGCCGAUGUGCUGAAGGAUUCGACGGUGUGGACUGCUCAAAUAUGAUUUCCCCGUGCUUUCCAAACCCUUGUUUGAAUGGAGCAACAUGCGUUGUGAGUGGUCCAUCGUCCUUCACAUGCACCUGCCCGUUAACUCAUUCGGGCAUUAUCUGCAGUGUCAGAGACAUGUGCACCCCAAGUCCUUGCAACAGUGGAGUGUGCCAGCAAGUAGCCGGUGACCCUAACUACACCUGUACCUGCAAUGCUGGAUAUAGCGGCUCUCACUGUGACAUACAAGCUUUGUGCAACCCAAAUCCCUGUGUCAAUGGGAUCUGCAGUCAGAAUGAUGAGACACUAACCUACUCCUGCCAAUGUGAUGUUGGCUUCAUGGGAGAAAACUGCGACCAACAAAGGGAGGCUCCAUGCGAGUCAAGUCCCUGCCGGAAUGGUGGAAUAUGCCAGCCCAAGCCAGAUGGGUUGACCUUUGACUGCUUCUGCCUGUCAGGAUACCAGGGCACCCUGUGCGGGGAAGCUGUAAUUCCCAUCUUCCAGAACUGUCCGGAGAACCAGAUUCUCACCUUUCCUCUAGACCCGGGUCAGAGCUCGGCAAACAUCAUGCUGUCUCUUGAGGCGACCGUGCCUGGGGUACCGGCAGCUCCCACCGUAGAGGUUGUUACUGGGCCCAGCAUCCCGGGCACUGUGCCUUACACCGAGGAAUACAGGGUCGGGAAGGUGGUUGUGAUGAGAGCCCAGAGUGCAACCGAGGCCACAGCCGAGUGUACUUUCGUCCUCAGGAUGAUAGAUGAAGAGCCACCUGUGGUAGUCUGUCCCGAGGACAUCACUAAAUUCACCUAUGGGUCCUCGGAAGCUGUAGAGUGGCCUCCUGCCACAGCCGUCGACAAUCUGGCACAGUCCUCAGACAUGACAAUAUCAUACAGCAUGGACAGUGGUUCGUUCUUCCUAUCAAGUGAGGAGGAAUCGCCCAACACCAUUGAGGUGACAGCGGUGGACACCUUUGACAAUGUUGCCAGGUGCCAGUUUGACGUCACGGUUGUGAAGAUACCCAAUGCCCCUCCCCCUGUCUUCACCGGUUGCCGAGAGGGGGAGACACUGUCCUACCAGGUGCGCAAUAACACGGACGUGGCCUACGUCAGCCUGAACUUGCAGGCCAAGGACUCCAGCCAGCAGCCUGCCAUUGUCAGUCAGCUAGAGGGGCCAUCAGUGGAUCUCCCAGGGGACAUCCGCUACACCGAGGGGUACCGGCAGGGGCAAAGGUUUGUCUUCACGGCAUUGGACCCAGUGACACAACUGACGGCCAACUGCACGUUCUGGAUCAAGAUUGUGGACAAACAGCCCCCCACCGUCAGAUGUCCGUCAAAUGUUAUCGAAAGGACCACAGCCAACACCAAGGCCAUUUUCUGGCCGCCGGUUGACGUUGAAGACAACCUGCCUCUCCCCGACGAAAACACUGUGGCCUAUGACCAAAAGAACGGCACAGUGUUCGAUGCCACCAGGAAUGGUUUGUCUCAAAUUGUCACAGUGACGGCCAUUGAUUCUUUCGGCAAUAGCGGGAGUUGCCAGUUCUCUGUCACCCUCUACAAAUUUGAUGUUGUGUGUCCCGAGUUUCCAGUCAUGACCAAUGGAGCGGGAGAUUGUGCUAUCGCUCCAGAUGGUAAAAUGGAGUGCAGAAUAGUGUGUGAUUCGGGAUAUGAGUACGCUCCCACAGACAACCGAUUCAAGUGUGAGAUAACCAGCACCAAGGCGUUCUGGCAGCCAACGCCAAACCCAAACGCAUGCAUGCGUCCAACGGCGGGCACCGCCAUCAGCAAGACGGUUACAGCUGUUUUUCCCUUUGAUGCCAACGUCUGUGAUGUCACAAACCUUGUCUUUGUGUCCAACAUUCAGACCAGCAUACAGUCCAGCCUGCGGGAGGCAGACCUGUGCCAGAAGGGCGUGGCCCAGGCCUGCACGCCCGACAGCGUCCAGCCAAAAUGCGGUGUCGUGGCAUCCGGUGGUGCGGCACGCAAACGCAAGCGACAGGCUUUCACUGACCUGUCAGUGGACAUUGUGGUCACGGCUCCGGCCGCGGACACGCAGGGAUCGUCACUAAGUGACGUCCAGCAAGAUGUGGAUGAUCUAGCCACGAGCAUCAAGGAGCUAGCCGACGGGGAGCGGCUAUCACUGGUCAUUGACCAUCAAAUGGUGUACAGUCUCAGCUCCGGAGUGUCAAAUGAUUAUGUAUGGAUAUGUGCUGAGGGCUACAAGAGCACCACAGGUGGAUGUGUUCUCUGUCCAGCUGGGACCUACUUCAACACCACUUCACUAGAGUGCCUGCAUUGUGAGCAGGGUUACUUCCAGUUUGAGAGUGGACAGACAGCAUGCAUCCAGUGUGCUACAGGACGAUCCACCGAUCAGAGAGGCAGUAUCAGCAGACAGCAGUGUGUGUCCGUAGGUGAAACUGCAGCUUUCACUUGGUCCCCCUUCCUGGCAUCCAUGGUGGGUAUCGCUGUGGCUUUCUUGGUUGUUCUCUUCAUCGGCCUCCUCUGCAUCUGUGUGUGUGUGCCCUCCACCCGGGACCGGCGCUAUGCCAGAAACCGAGACCUGGACGGCUCGCUGUCCAACCUCAAGUACCUGAACAAAGCCUAUGAGGAGGAGUACACCAAGCGGCGGGCGGUGGGCAUGCACCGCUUGACCACCAAACGGCAGAAGUCACCGAGCCGGGCCUCCACGGCCACGGGGUACAUCACCAUGUCUAGCAACAGCGGCAGCCGCCGCAAUCAGGCCGACAUGGUGUCCAUCGACUCGGAUGACUACCGUCGCGACAUCAGCGAUGGGGAGGGGCGACAGGCCCAUUUCAACAGGGGCCACACCAUUGAGCGGGACUCGGGGAUGUCGUACGGCCACGCCUCCACAGCCACGAUGGGGAGUGGCGGGGGCGGGUUCCACUCUCCCUCAAAAAUGUCAGCAUCCAACACCCAGACAAGAAGAGAGCUACCAGAUACAGGACUGUGAGGCAACCUCAACCAGGUCAUGAGCAACACUCUCACAAAAUGAGGAUGACUGAGACGUGAUGCGGCCAACCAAGUGGAUGUACUUUUCAAAAGGCAACAGGAGAUUCAUAUUAGGAUACCUACUGCUGGCAGAGAGGCUACAUUCUUGUAAAAAAGUUCUAAAUGUUUAUCAGGAAUGAGCCAGUUUAGUAUUCUGACAGCGCAUGCCCAGAAUGAAGCAUAUGUCUGAGUUCAUUCAGGAACAGCAUUAUGUGCACACCAUAGUCUGCUCCCUCAGUCAGCUCUACGCCGACUCACACGUAUACUUUGUUCUCGAAUGACCUUGUCUUUUUGAAAAACCGAACUGGCUCAUUGUGUUUACUUAUAUUAUUAUUUUCUGUGUGCAAAAGGUUUUGAUGAAUUUUUGCUGUCUCUGCAGAGACAUUUUUCCCCCAUUGUUUGAUUUUUGGUUUUAUAUUUGUGCAAUAAAUUACAAAUUUCAUUGAGAUCACAAAUGGGGCACUGUUUAAAAGAUGUAUUUCCUUGUAAACUAUUGUGAGUGAAGUCACAUUUUUUAUCCAAUUUGUCCACUUGAUAAAUUGACUGAAUAGUAAAAAAGAUUAGUUUAUGAGUUUUAGUCAUGAGGUAUUUUGCUUGUUUGUCCUACUUCUUGAAAUGUUUAUUGUAUACUAUGAACAAUACCGUCGCAUCUUGUGCAGUUGCAUUAGCACUGUCAUAUGUUGUAAAUGUGUGUUACUUUUCCAUGCAAACUUAAGUUAGCUGCUAGCAGUUUCUCAUGAACAAAAUCAGUUAAAUGGUGUAAUAGGUGCAGUUUUUUCUCUUUCUUUGUAAUUGAUCCAACCCCCCACAAACCAUUCACCGAUUGCCAAUUUUAGCAUUCUGAAAGUUGCUAACUUCAACAAUAAAAAUUGCUAACUUCUUUAGCAUCCUUGGCUAAUCUAAUCUUUGCCUCUGUGCUUAGUUUCAUCAUUAAGGGUACACCCAAGAAAAUUAUCUAACAAUGGCUUAUGUUAGCAUUUGAAUUUUCAAGCAAUGGCAUGUGCUCCAGUAUCCUUUACAAUUGUGUACAAUGCCUUUUUAGGCAAUUUUGUUUGCUUCAAAUUAAAGGUGCAUGUAUUUAAUAA